CUUUACCAGUUAUCCGUAAACGGUGACAUAGAAGCGAAAUGGCCCGUACCAAACAAACUGCGCGUAAGUCCACUGGAGGCAAAGCGCCCAGGAAGCAGCUGGCAACCAAGGCUGCCCGUAAGAGCGCGCCAGCCACUGGCGGCGUCAAGAAGCCUCAUCGCUACAGGCCCGGUACCGUGGCUCUCCGAGAGAUCCGUCGCUACCAGAAAUCCACCGAGCUGCUGAUCCGUAAACUGCCCUUCCAGCGCCUGGUCAGGGAGAUCGCCCAGGAUUUCAAGACCGACCUGCGCUUCCAGAGCUCUGCCGUCAUGGCUCUGCAGGAGGCCAGCGAGGCUUAUCUGGUCGGUCUGUUCGAGGACACCAACCUGUGCGCCAUCCACGCCAAGAGGGUCACCAUCAUGCCCAAAGACAUCCAGCUGGCCCGGCGCAUCCGCGGGGAGAGGGCUUAAACUGUCUGCUCCAUAACAAACACAAAGGCUCUUUUAAGAGCCGCUACAUCAACUAAAGACUGUGACUGUACUCAACUUUCAUUAAUACAACUCACCUUUUAAAUUUUAAAGUCAGUUUAUCUAUAUCCAUGUUUUCUUCCUAUAGGCAGAGUAAACCAGUCGGAUGUAGUGAUCUCUCUGCUUUAUUCAUAAACCAUAUUUUUAAAUUUUGUUUACACAUUGUUGUAAUGACAUAAUGAAUGAAAUAACUUCUUUAAUUGAAUGAGUCAAGUGCCAAUAUUUUGUCUUGAAACCUGUGGCCUGACUAUAUUUAGUUAUAGCUAGUGAUGACCAAAUGAAGCUUUUUUGAAGCACUGAACCCUGUAUUGAAAGGGGUUCUUUAUUCAAAGCUUUUUCACACAAUAGUAGUGAAAACUACUUAGUGAAAUCGAGUGGCCAAAUAAAUCAAUUGCUUUUGAG